ACCGGGAACCAAAUAUUGGGGUGGCCAGAAGGCGCAGGAUGGUAAUGAAGCAGACGGAGCACGUAUACUCCGAUGCUAGCGCGGAGCGAAAUAAGAUGUGAAGCCUGCUCCGACCAGGAUAAGUUGACGGUUGUCCAAGUCUUUCCAAGGGGGAUCGGCUCCUCCGAUGUUCUUCGGGGGGAGGAAAUAGCUGGAAAUAGCUACCUAACAACAAAAGACAUCCAAUUUCUAAAGACGAUGACAACAACACCGCGGUGCUGGCAAUGAGCGCUGAGCGCUGUGCCAAGCCAUUACGUCCCCAUAUACUCUCUCUCCCAGCUUGGCUCCCAGCCGCUAGCUGUUGGACGUGGGAGCGCUCCAUCAAGCAGCAUGUGCAUAAGAUGGCGUAUUCGGCUGGCGAUAUCGCAGCGACGAGGGGUUUGCAGGCCUUCACAUACACAUACACAUCGAUGGCUACAUUCUGGACCUAUGAUUACGCUUGUUCACUUGAUGAAGAGUGGAUGUUCCUGCAUCGAUCGCGUUGGACCAAAGUAAAAGGCCUCUAUAUUUUUACACGAUAUGUUCCCUUUAUAUUCCUCGCUCUGAAUCUAUGUCGGAGCUUUAUUCCGAACGAGAACCCAGGUACAUGCCAGAUGUUAGACAUUAUUGGCUCAGGUUUCAGCCUGAUUUCAGUCCCUUGCUCCGGAUCCUUUUUUGUACUCCGAACACUUGCGCUCUGGAAUGGCAACAGAAUCGUGCUCGUUGCAAUGCUGUUCACUGCUCUCGCUUUUUUUGCAGCAUCCAUCGGCACUUCUUUCAAGACUCUUACCAGCUCAAAUGGUUCGCGCUUUCACCUUCCUCCACCAUUAUUCACAUAUAUUCUCUCCACUUCCACAGUUGUGACCAGCGUGAUCCCAGGCAUCACAGGCUGCUACCACACCUCGGAUAGUCUCUUCAUACCGUAUCUUCUCUUGUUUGUGUUUCAACUGGGACUCGUCUGCCUCACGCUCAUACGUGCAAUACGUAUCUGGCGCACAGUCAACAGCCCUCUGUACGGCGUCCUGGUAAAGCACAACAUAUUCUACUAUGCAUCCGGUCUGCUCCUCUCGGCAGUGAACGUCCUCACGUCGUUGCUAUUUCCAAAUAGCACGUACCACUCCAUCUCCGAAAAUUUCCAGUUCUUUAUGCUUCCGAUCCUCGCCACGCGCAUGCACCUCCAUCUCUCGCAGGUCGACCGGAACGUGCACAGGCACAACUCUGAUGUCAUCGUGUCUAUUCCUCUGUCUGAUAUGUCAUUUGCGGGCAGUACGGCGUGAUGCCUUAUCACCGGGCUUGUUCGGCAUCGUUCGUGAAGUGAGGCUCGGAUUGGAACGCACCUAACCCAUAGGAAUGCAUUUUUGGUAAGCUUCAAUAUGCCCUGCAUAAUUUGUGGUGUAGAAGUUGUCUACGAUUGGGCAUGCGAUAGAGCGGUUAGCGGGGACAGCUGGGUUAGGAAAGGCGUAUGCGGCAUCACGUAUCGAGAUU